AUGACGUAGGUGGCGUCCUGUAUCAGCAUGAGCGGGACUUUGAGUUCUGAUUACUGAAACAAACGUUUUGUGGUUUUCUCUAGCAGCUGCCCUUUUGUUUACCAGACAUGGCGCUACAGAUUGAAGCGGAUUUACCACCUGGCUUUGCAUGUCUGAAAAAUGUUGAUGCCCUGCUUCGAUGUCCCAUUUGCUUCGACUUUCUAAAUAUUUCAAUGAUGACUAAAUGCUCUCACAACUUUUGCUCCUUGUGCAUCAGAAAAUUUCUUUGCUAUAAAUUGCAGUGUCCAGUUUGCAAUACACAAGCAACUGAACAAGAUUUAAGAACCAACCGUUUAUUGGAUGACUUGGUCGUAAACUUUCAAGCUGCAAGGCAGCAGUUGUCAAAAGUACAUUUUGAAUCUCCUCCAAUAUCGCCAAGGACCCCAGCUUCAGCUGUCAAAUGCAGAACUCCCAGAGAGAUGGGCCAGAAGUGUAACGGCUCAGUUUUGAGUCACUUUUUCCAAAAGAGGCCUAAAACAUCUCCCACUAAGAAAACCCAGCGAGACGGUUCUGUAGCUCAGUCUGCUCAGCGGAGGACAAUACAGACGGCACACACCCACAAUGCAAAUGACGCUGACCUACAUUCAGCAACUGAUCAACAUCCAGUGGUUGUGAAGGAAGAGCCGAUGGAUGUGGAGGUGGCAUCUAUCCAGGGUUUGAUGUCAGUCAAACAGGAAGCCGGAGUCUCGCACAGUAUGAGCACCGGGGUUGAGAUGACGCAUUCUUCAUCACCAUCAAAAGACGUGAAGCCCGUAAUCAAAGUGGAGUGCCCUGUGUGCUCUGUCAGUGUACCACAGCAGUUCAUCAACAAGCAUCUGGACACAUGUCUUACCAGAGGAGAGAAGAAGGAAGGCUUGAGGAGCUCUCUUGGCAAUGUGAGGCGUCCAAUGACGAAGCUCGUGUACAACCUGCUUUCGAUGCAGGAGCUGAAGAGGAGGCUGAAGGAGUGCCAUCUCUCAAUGCAGGGUUCCCGAGACCAGCUGAUCAAAAGACACCAGGAGUUUGUCCACGCAUACAAUGCCCAGUGUGAUUCCCUAAUGCCCAAAUCAGCUGAAGAUAUUGCCAAAGAGUUGGAGGCCAAUGAGAAGAUCAGGAAUCAACUGCAGGGGAAAGCCAAACCCGUCAUGGUUUUCGCAAAGAAUCAGUCCGAAAAGGAGAUCGAUGAGGUGCAUUCAAAUUACAGGAAGAAGCACAACAGUGACUUUUCCCGCCUGAUUGCCCAGGUUCGGUAUCGCCUAGAAGCCCCCAGGCCGACUCGUAUCAAACAGAAAGUCACUGUGGAAGAAGAGGAUGCACAGAAAACACCCUCGGCAGAUCAAGUUGCAGAAUCAAAGAGCGACUCAGUGAUGAAGGUAGAAGACAGAGAAUCAGACGUGGAGCCAUCUGCGAGAAGGAUUGAAUUGUCCUCCAGCCCCACCUAUAGUGACGUGUCCAUCAGCAGUUCUAUUUCAGACAUCUUCGGUCCAGAGCCUGCCAGACACCCAGAAGACACAGAGAGGACCUCAGUCCAAAAGCGAGCAUCCAGCAUGAAGAGAGACAAAGCGGCUUCAUCACUCGUCGGUGGAAAACGACGGCGCAAGACGUAAGGCUUGAUGGAGGAAAGGGAGGUAGAGAGAGUGAGAUCUCUUACCUUCCAGAUCAAUACCAAUAAACUGAUUACUGAAGUUCAAGAAGUGAUCUUUAUGCACAUUCCUGUCCAGCAUUUAAUUUUUCUAAAGUAGUACUUUUCAAUAUGUGUCAUCAUGGUAUGAAUACAUUUAGUAUUUUAAAAUACUUUGUGGUCUUGUCGUCCAUGAUGAGCUCUGGCCCCCAACAUUUCUUCAUGUUACUCGAAGAGUAUGGAGGCUGUAAAAUCAAUACUUGAAUUUAUUCGAACACUACUAAGUGUCGUAAAGAUUUAGUUUCUUCUUAGUUUUACUUUUUGUUCAUAGACAUAAGCAGAAGUUAACAUCAUUUCUACUUGUAACCAGUGUUCCCGUCACUAUAUAGUAUUCUGUUGUAAUUUGAAUCCACAUUAUAUUGUUUUUUUUAUGUUUUUCUUUUCUUAAUCUUAUUUUUUCUUCUUCUUUAUACCAUGUUCUAUGGUCCAAUGUAAUAUUCUGUUGAGACUGAAAUAAACCUGUAGCAGCAUUUAAUAGUUUUGCAUUUGAACACUUUUUGUGUUACAUAAUUGACUUAUCUUCCAACGUUAGCUGCACAUGUCAUCAUAAAUAGAUUUUGGCACUUUGUACACUGUGUGCAAAGCUGCAGUUUUAUACUGUGUGGUUGUGCUGGAACGUCUAUUGAAUCCCAAACAUUCACUUUUUUUUUGUUUUUUUUUCUCUUCUCGAUUGCUAACCUAUCACCUCCAUCUUCAAAUUUUCCCUCAGAUAUUUUGGCCAACUCAGAUUAGGAACUCAGCUGCGUGAGUUUUCUCUGUCAUUUGCAAUUUCUAAGCAUGCAACAAAUCUAGCUUUCAACUUGAUUUGUUUUCUUUGAAAGAAAAGUAACCGGGGUCAGUUUAAUUCAGGAAACCCAAUGCUUGUGGAAACCCCAGGUCAAAGCAGCCAGAGUGUAAACACUGAAGAGGAGGAAGGUGGUGUUUAUGUAUGCGUGUAUGGGAGAGUGAGCAGGAACAUGUUUGGGAGCAGACCUUGAUUGAAAACAGAGCUCGCCUCCAGUCCGAAACAUGGUGCUUCCGACUCGGUUGUCUCUCCCCUCAGACAAAGCAGGGACACACUGACAGACAUUGCUGGAUUCAUAACAACCUUACUUAUUUUUUACUAUACAAUGAUUCUGUUUGUGUCUGGUUUAAUUAGCCGGGACUUCUGCCUGAAUCUACAGGAGAGGUUUGAGUGCCUCCUGAUCCUUGCCUUGAUUUGGGAUGCAGUGAAGCAGGCAAUGAUAUCACUGAUUCCAUACACGCACCAAAACCACAGGGACUGCACCCUUUCAAUAGAAAUCCCAGUCACCUUAUUUGUCUGUGUCUGGGUGGUUUUUGAAGGGGAUAUUUAUCAUCCGUCUAACUCGAGGUGAAGCAGAAUUUAGAUCUUAUAAUUCAUAACAGCCCUUUCACCUUGGUCCUAACCUACAUUUGCUAUAUUACAAAUGCCGUGACAGCCUAUUGAAACUGUCCAAACCUCCUAAGAAAGGAUGUCAAAUGUGAAUGUCAUGGUGAGGACUCAGAGUUGCAGACCUACAAGAUUCAGCCUCGGGACCGAGUGUUCUGCAUGAACUACUCAACCUGCCCCUGACAACAGCUCGAAUUAAGCGCAGCCUCGAGGACGAAAUGGCAGCAAAGUUAACAGCCCUCUUGUGGUUCAAAUAAUUUUGGUCCCCCUUUAAACAGUUGCCAAUGGAGUGACUCAUUUCUCUUGAUCGAGCUUGAAGGAGUGCCCACACUAAUAGGGAAACAAGGUUGGAUGUCUUUCUGGUGGAGGAGAGGUUCCAUUUUAAGAAUUAUACUUUUGCAGCACCCUUUAGGAAAUACUUGAAAUCUCAGGUCCAUUGUAAUUUUGUAAUUGAUUCAUAAUUAGCUUUGAGCUGAGCCUAGUAUAUAGAGCAACUGUCUUGGAUGUGUACUCUUCAUAGUGCUACAACGUGCUUUGCAAAGCAUUGCACAGGGACAUGGGUUUGUCCUGUAACAAUGGCCAUGAGAUGAUCUGGUUAAAAUGUGUCUUAUUGUCUUACAACAUGAACUUCUAGCUGUAUUGGACUCUAUUGUCACAUUGUGGCCAUGUCCUCAGACCCCAGCAAUUAUAUUUGUGAUAACUAUGAUGUUACCAUAAUAGAUAGGAAUGAUGACCUAAACUGCAAAUAACGAGAUCCAGGCUGCGAAAUGAAAUGAAUUUUCCAUUUAGAGAUUCGUUUUCAGGUUACUGAUUACAUUAGUGCUGCAGUAUCACUUUUUAAACCAAGCCUUCUCUUUGUAGAAACAUGUAAUCCGGUCAAGAUGAGGGCCUGUGUCUCUUUGUUUUUUUUCAAACUCAUUGAACUUCGGUUGAAUAAUAACAAUUUAGUUGAGUAUGAAAUAUGAUUUAAUUUGUGUGGUUAGAUUCAAGCAGUAACUCCCAACUACAGAGACGUGAUUGUUUUCUUCCUUGCAAUCAAAAAGAAAACGAUUAGGCCCGAUGCCAAAUGAAUGCAAUGAGCUGCCUGGUCUGAUGACUCAUCAGCAGCACCGGAGAGAUCAUGAUGGACUUUAUGGAGUUUAUAGAGAUGAGCCAACCUCAAACUAAAUGUCCCCACACAGUAUGUGUCCAAAAUAAACACUAGCAGGCAUAUUUAGAAGAGUGAAUUGCUUUGUUUGCAUUCCUGUUUUCUCAUGUAUUUUUACAUUGUAUAUUUUGUGACAUCUUUUUAUUUUGGAAGGAUUCCACAGUACCUUUAAUGUGCUUCUUGGCUGCGUCCAGCAUCCUUGGGGACUUUCCAAAAAAUGUUGAAGAUUGUUUUUAAUAUUAAAAUGUCAUUGAUAUUCAGGACACUUUCACGCUUAACUUGAGUAAAAGCUGCUUUAGUUUUUGCCAUCUGUAAGUUUUAAUGAAUGUCGAUGAAAGGAUGGAAAGUAAUGAAAGACCUUAGGAACACUCCUGAGAGUGCUUUUGCUUUUGUUAUAAGUGUGAGCAGUUUGAUAGAGAGACGCAAGUCCUGUUCAAUCCCUCGUCUUCUUGUCUGGAACAACAGCAGGCUUAAGUUUAUGAUUUAACACAUCGCCGUUGAAAGGAUAAAAAGACUGACAGACUAAAUUACAGUCAUUCACAGUAUGAAAUAGUUUCUGUCAGACAUAUUCUUCAAUAUAAUGAACUAUACAUUCAGUGCAGGGUUAUUUGCAACUGCAAUUAUCAUUUGCCACAAGCUGCAAAGCAUAAAAAGAUCAGAAGCUUGUUUUUUUGUAGCUUUUUGAAACAGAAGUUAUAUAAACGUCUAUCUGUGCGGCAUACAUACAUCAAUGUCUACUUUUAUUGUGUUUUUGCCAAAGCUCAAGAAGUUCCUCUGUUCUGAGUGUGAUCUUUGAUUUAAUUCCACCUCAUGGUAUGUUCAUCUUUGCAAGACAUCUAAAUGGUGUAUUGCAUUAAGAUACAGGUGAGAGAAUCUGAGAAGAUGUUAGUCAAAGUGAGUCUAGUUUAGCCUUGUGAUCUUAGCCUAAACUGUUUAGACAUGGUCACAUCUGGUCUAUUGACAGAUCUGGCUUUUUGAAGAUCCUUUCAUCCGUUGAAUUUUAUCUUUACAGUUUGAUAUAAAACAGUCUUCGCAACUUGAAUCUAUGCAUUUCAUUACCUCACCAGAUGGGUGCAUGGUAAUUUAGUUAAUUGUACGCUAGGUAAGAGGAGAAUGCCAUCAGUGGUGCAAUUGCAAUGCAUGUUGAAUUAUUAAAUGUCGGCGGACAGAUGCUGCAUUCAGAUAAAAAUGCUGAGCGAAUACAUAAUAUGUCCACGAUAUGGUGAAUUUCAACAGUGUCUGUUUGCAUAAAACGUCAUGAUGCCGUACUUUCAACUAUACACCGCGAAAACAUGCAUAUGCUCCACAGAGUGUAGACACCUGGCUUACAUGGAACAAAGAUUUAUAUCUACUUUACAUUUGGCUUCUUUGUGUGGAUUUGAACAGAUGAUCCCAUUAGUCUUCCUGGCUGUAUCAAUAGCCAAUGCCAUGUUUAGAGAGUUUUGGGGGCUUUGCAUCAAAAUGGCUAUUGUAGCACUGAAGUAUUUAGCCUCGGAAACAGAAAUUGUCGUGAAUACACGAGAGGAUCCUUCAUACUAAAGUGUGAUUAUGCAGUGUUACUCAAAAACAAAAUCCUCCAUAGAUGUUCAGUGACAUCCUGUUGAUAAACUUGAAUGAUCUUUUGCCUUUCUGUUUAUCCUAAACGGGGAUUAAUUCAGCAUUCGACAUGAGUAUAUUAACAGUUCAGCACAAGGAUAAAGCAGUGAUUUAUUAGGAUUUGGGUACAUCACUGAAUGCCAAAACUGUGCUCACAGUGACAUAACAUAACCCAGCUAAUAUUCAUUUUGUUAAAUAGAAUUAUGACAUUGACAUCAAAGUGUUUUGUUGGCCCUGCUGGUGUAGUUUUGGAGGCAAUGUACUGUAACUGCUGAAUAGUUCUAUGAUCGUUCUUUUUUUAUUUUUCCUCUGGGAGAAGUCAAAGUUUGACGACUUGAAUUACAAAGCCAUAUUUUACUUUAUGGCUUCUUUGACUUUGAGAGACGUGAACGGGUCGCUCAGCAGCAGGCUGUGAAUUGACUUGAGAGACCUCUUUUAUUUGACGAGAAAAGUGAACGCAAACAUCUAGCGGCACUCAAGUGUGAUGAACCACCCUGCAGAGAAAAGCAAGCAAAAGGAGAGAUUGUAUCAACACAGAUCACCUCCCUUUGAUAUAUCUAUGCCUGGAGUGUUGAAGCAGUAUGGCAUGACCCCACAGUUAAACCCACACUGUGGGGUUAACUGUGGUUUUAAAAGUUGCAACAAUUCUUCUACCUG